AUGUCGUCUCUCCGCGCCUUCUCGCCGGACGGGCAGCAGCUCGCCGAGGCGGCCCCCGACGGCCGGCUGCAGCUGUGGGACACCGGGUCCUCCACCCUGCGGCAGGAGCUCGCUCGCUCCUCCCACCUCGCGCUGCGCUCGACCUGUGUGGCGUGGCACGGCAAGUCGGCCGCCGCCGCGCUGGUGGCCGUGGGGACGGACGGCGGCGCGGUGCUGCUGUGGGACGCCGCGCGCGGCGAGCUCGCGCACGAGCUGCGCGGCCACACCCAGGCGGUGCUCGACGUCGCCUUUGACGGCGCAGACACGCUCUACUCGAGCGGAGCCGACAAGCAGGUCUGCUGCUGGAGCGUGUCGUCGGGCUCGCUGGUGCACACCUUCAAGGCGGGCAAGGCGGCGGUCCACCGCCUCUGCCUCGCUCCCGACGGGCUGCACGCCGCGCUCGGGGGCUCCGCCAUCCGCCUU